AUGUUUGCUCGAAUACGUCCCUCCUGUAGCGCGAGCCUCAGGCAGUGCGCCCGACGCGCCCUCGCGACGGAGGGCCAAUCUAUAUCUACAGAGCUGCCACCACCUCUCGAUUCCUUUCCACCUGUACCUGAAGCCGAUCGCCACGCUGACCAGCAAAAGGCGCCAGCUUUCGACGAGGACAAAGCUGGCAUAAUCGUGCGCCCAUGGGACGGCAUCCAGUCAAUGCCCGAGGUAUUUUCACUCAUUCGCGGAAUCGAGCGCAAGUAUGGGAAAAUACGCGAAUAUAGCAUUUCACGGGACUAUGACUUUCGGUCGCAAUAUGCUCCAUUUUUCUGGGCUCGCUUUGAGGACCCCGCAUCAUACGAGCGCGUCAGGGAUGCGAAAAGGAUCACCCAACUGGAAGUUCCUGUCGUAGACACGGACCGCCCUGGUAAUGUAGGACUAGACGACCUGCAGGAUCUACUCCUGUCGGAGGAUUGGCAAGGUCCAGAGGAGCAGGAGUUGGCGGUAGGAGAGGUGGAAGGGCAGGUUAAGACGAGAACGGUGGACGUGAAGAUCGAAUUCUCCAAGUUUGGUUUUUAUCUCACAUCCGUGAAGCCUGACAAGACGAGCAAUGGCGCGUUCCAACAGGCAUAUCGUUCAUGGGGUGGAUUCUUCCAACCCACCCCGGAUACUCCACCCGAGGCGACCCAUUGGAUGAGACAGGUUAAAGGCAACUCGACCCGCAGGCCGCGGCAGGUGGAGGAGAGCCCUGCCGAGACGCACAAGGUAGACUCGUUUGGGUCACCUCAACAACUUGAAGGUCAUGUGGGGCACGAAUUCGAUACACAAGCUGAAGCGGAUAAUCUUGCCUUCACUCGUUCGGCAGCGCGUGCACCACCAGCAAAACCCGCCACACCACCACCUGAACAACCCGCUGCGACAUCUUCAUCCUGGUCAGACCCUGUCCAAUCUGCUAGUGUUAUCCCUCCCACAGUUGAGACUGUACCGCCUGUCGUCGAGACAUCCGUUCCGCAUACCGCUGAGAAGACCGAGGAGCCCAGGGCCCCACCGCAGCUCUCGCGGCGCGAACGCAUCCUUGCCCAGGCCCGUGAAAACGCUCGCACGCCACUGCCCUCACAGGCGCAAAAGGCGGAGCAAGCGAAGCUGGAGGAGGCAGAAAAGAAGAAGAAAGCGGAGCGUACGAUGCUUUCUGUGAGGGAAAGGCUGUGGAAGAUUAUGGGCGAGAAGUGGUUCUGA